GCAGAUCGUAGCUGAAAUUAAAAGUAAAGAGGUAAAUCAGUAUUACUUCAUGCAAGUACCGAACACAGAUACUAACAGGAUGAGCGACCAUUUGUUACAUACUAACGAUUCCAACCAAUCCAAAAUAGUACAUUGCAAGAACAAAACCAAUAUUCAAGAAACGCCGAUACAAAAGUUCUACGCGAACCAGUCGAUCUUCAUUACAGGCGGAACUGGAUUUCUCGGGAAGGUCUUAAUUGAAAAAUUGCUGAGAAGUUGUCCCAAUAUCUCUAAGAUAUACGUGAUGAUAAGAUCAAAGAAAAACAAGAGCGCCACGAGCAGACUGGCCGAAAUCUUCGAGAGUUCCCUAUUCGAUCGAGUGAGGAAAGAGAUGCCCAACUUUCGUGACAAAGUCGUGCCGCUCGUGCAAGUCAAUGAUUUGUACGAAGAAAACCUAGGACUUACGAAGGAUGACAUGGAUCUAGUGAUAAACGAGGUAUCGAUAAUUUUCCACUUAGCGGCGACUGUACGCUUCAAUGAGGACAUAAAAGUCGCUGCAAAAAUAAACGUGUACGGCACCUAUGCUAUUUUGAACUUGGCCAAACGUAUGCCAAACUUAAAGUCAUUUAUUCACGUAUCGACUAUAACUGCUCACUGCUUGCCCACGGUGACACACAUAGAGGAAUGUUUCUACAAAUAUACCAUAGAAUCUAAAGAAUUUCUUACUCUAAUGCGAACAUCGUCUGAAAACACGAUCGACGAGAAGAUAUUAAGAGCUGCCGCACAGUGGCCCAACACUUAUACAUUCACAAAAGCAAUCGCUGAAGUAGUUAUUAGAGACAGCAGCGAAAGUUUGCCCAUCGGAAUUUUUCGGCCAUCCAUCGUGAUGAAUAUUGCCCGAGAACCGCUCGUGGGAUGGAUAGAUAAUUAUUAUGGACCAAUAGGAGUGACGGUGUCUAUCGCUAAAGGCCUAACAAGGUUUUUCAGGGCCGAUUCUGAUUGUUUAACAAAUUUCGUACCUGCCGACAUCACCAUAAAUGCUUUAAUUGUUGCCGCGUGGGAUGUUUUCAAUCAACCGCAAAAGAGAGGCAACAAAAUGUUAAUUUAUAAUAGCGUAUCGACAAACGACGCGCCUUUGUUUAUGAGUGAUUAUACCAAUCACAUACGAUUAAACGUUCGAAAAUAUCCGACGAAGCACUGCUAUUGGAUGCCAACUAUUACAUUGGUAAAAAAUAAGAUUAUAUACAGAAUGUGUAUUUGGUUCGGCCACCUGCUGCCCGCCUUAUUCAUACAAAUCUUUCAACAAUGCAUAGGUGCUCGGCAAAGAAUAUGGAAAUUGUACAAUAUGAUUCACAAGUAUCAGGAUGCAGUUAGUUACUUUACUUUGCAUAAUUGGAUACACAGCGAUGAUAACAUUCAGGCGAUGUGGCGAAGCAUGGACAAAAAUGAUCAGUGUUUAUUCGACUUUAACAUGAAAGGUUUUGAUUGGUCGAAAUAUUUGGAUGAUCAUUUCAAAGGUGUGCGGCUUUACUUGCUUAAGGAUGAUUUAAGUACUUUGGAAGACAGUCGUAUCAAAUUGAAGAGAUUGUACUGGAUACAUCAAGUGACAAAGUUCGUGCUUACAUUCAUCGUCUUUAUGUUGGUCUGGAAAUUAUUUUAAGAAAUAUUUUCGUAAUCAUGACUAAUUCCAGGCGCAAUUAUAAUAUCAAAUGGGCGCAAUAAGCACGCAUUAUAUAAUUUUGGUGAAGGAUAGUGUAAAAAAAAUAGUGUUUAAAUCAAAAAUAUAUAAUAAUUUAUGUAGAAAACACAAUCAGAUAAAGAACGAUCUUAUAUAUAUGUACGUAUGUUAUACAUUAAAUCUUAAUCUGAUUAAUUAACUACUUGACGAAUUAAAUUAUAUAUCUUCAUUCUAGAUUUCUAGUUUCAACCGAACCUGGGCAAUAGUUUCCUGUAUGGAAACUUUGACUUUGACAGCAUGUGAGCUUCACGAACACGGUCGCGUUAGUUUGUGCAUAUCUCCUUGCGUAUUGAUGUGUACUUCUCGGGAGUCAAAGUUUCUAUCACUGGUGCCAUAAUUUUUAAUUCUUUUAAUUUUAUAUUAUUAUAUAGUAUCGCUGUGCGGCGAAGAAUAAAUAAAUAUCUCUUAUUAUAA